UAAUAUUUUAGUACAUAAAGAUACAAUAAAAUUAGCAGAUUUUGGACGUUCAUUUGAAACGGGGAAGGGUUGUGAUAAUACUGAAGUAUGGGGAGUAAUGCCUUAUGUGGAUCCUAAAAUGCUCGAUCAAACAGUUCCAUAUAAGCUAAACGAGAAAUCUGAUAUAUAUUGUUUGGGAUUUUUAUUCUGGGAGUUAACUAGCCGCACGUCACCUUUUGAUGGUCUUGGAGAUUAUGAUGUUACGCUGAAGAUACUUAGUGGUGUGAGAGAAGAACCUGUUCCGAACACGAAUGUUAAAUUUAUUGGACUUUAUCAAAAAUGUUGGAAACAAGAACCGGAUGAACGAUCAAAUAUUUCCGAAGUAAACGAAACACUUAGUAGUAUUGAUUCUGAAAACAAUAAUGUGUCUACUGUUCCUUAUUCUAAAGGAAGCGAAGAAAGUGAAAAAACAGAGUUUGAACAUUCCUGUCAAAUUGAUUAUGUCGGUUAUGUGAAAUUGAUUUAAAUUUGCUUUGUCGAGAACUGUAGAUUAUUCACAUACUUUUUAGAUUUUUUCGUAUAUAACUGUUUUCACUCAAAGAGAGUAUAUAAUAAAAGCUUUAUUUUUUUUAUUACGUAAUACAUAUUAUGAAGUGAUGAUG